AUGGACAUUGAAGACAGUGCCAUGCAAAUGCAAAAAUUCAACUGGUGCCGAAUUGAGCGUGCAUUGCUGGCACUUAACUUCUUUGGCAUGAAGUCUGUCGUGGUUGUGGUUGACAUUCCAUCGCGAGGGACGAUAAAGGAGACCGAGGUCGAAAACUGGAUAAUGACGGGUAUGAAUGACUUGUACUCUCGAGGCGCGUUGCGCGUCAGAGUCGUUCGUGAAGGAAGUACAGAGAGUAUUAAAACCUCCAAUGGUCAGUCGGGCAUUGUCAUCUCUCUCAUCCCCCUAUUAACCACGAGCUGUUCAGCAGUUGUGUCGAAAGAGACUUGA